AUGCCUUGUAGCGGUGAUGAGGACAUAGAGAAGUGCAUUACAACCGAUUUCCAUAAGAAAAGGCCUUCAAAAGAAGAUGUUCUCCACAAACAGUGCGAGCCCUGGAAAGACUAUUCCUGCUGUACAAACAGGCGGACAAUUUCGUCCCAUCAAUCGAUAAAUCACUACAAAUUCAAUCUCAAUCACUGUCCGACUCAACCGAUGAGUGAUAAAUGUCGGAAACACUUCACUCAGGACUUGUGUUUCUACGAAUGCGAGCCAUUCGUGAAGCCAUGGGUUGUAAAAGUAAACCGAUCUUUCGCUGAAGAAAGGAUAUAUAAAGUUCCCAUUUGUGCGUCCGAUUGCGACCAGUGGUGGGAGGAUUGCAAAGACGACUACACGUGUACUAACAAUUGGGCCCGAAAUUUCAAGUGGACGAACGGAUCCAACGUCUGU